UUGACCGUUCACACUACAAAAUGUAUACCAAAGUUUUCAAUAGACUUGAAAAUCCUAAAAGACCCCUAUUAGGUCCUAAUGUAAGGGCUCUUCAAUUUUGGGGCCUGCUGUUCCCAAAAAAUACCUUCAAACGAUAUUUCUACUUGACCAUGCAUAUAUCAGUAGCUGUUUUCACUGCAACAGAAAUCAUCGAUGUAUGGUUUGUGAAACACAACAUGAAUCUUCUUCUAAAUAAUCUAAAGAUUACUAUGCUAGCUACCAUGUCUGUUUGUAAAGUUUUCACUUUCUUGUAUUGGCAAAAAACUUGGAAGAGUAUUAUUGAUUACGUCACUAAAGCUGACGUCGCCCAAAGAACGACUUCUGAUGAUAAAAAACUACUUCUCAUAACCAAAUAUACUAUUUAUUGUCGCAAAAUUACUUUCUUCUACUGGUCGCUAAUGUACACAACCGUUAUUAUUGUAAUUAUGACUCCAAUUUUCAAAUACUUUUUCUCACCAAAUUAUAGGGAUAAUGUUAAAAACGGUACAGAGACAUAUCUUGAAGUUGUUAGUUCUUGGGUUCCAUUCGAUAAAAAUAAUUUCGCUGGAUAUCUUAUUGCAUCUGUUUAUCAAUCAUACGCUGCUAUAUAUGGCGGCGGAUGGAUCACAUCUUUCGACACGAAUGCAAUGGUAAUAAUGGUGUUUUUUAAAACAGAAUUAGAGUUACUAAGAAUUGAUUGUGGGGAUAUAUUUGGAAGUGAAAAGGUUCGCGUUCCCGACAAAAUGAUAUCGGAGAGACUGAAAAAUUGUCACAAAAGACACGUCGAGUUGAUAAAAUAUUCAACUCUUUUCAACUCAUGCUUAUCACCGAUAAUGCUUCUAUAUAUGUGCGUGUGUUCAGUGAUGCUGUGCGUUACUGCAUAUCAAAUCACAAUAGAAAAGAGUGCAGCUCAGAGGUUCUUGACUACAGAAUACUUAGUGUUUGGAGUGGCCCAACUGUUCAUAUAUUGUUGGCACAGCAACGAUGUUUACUUUGCGAGUCAGGACCUCCGCAUGGGACCCUAUGAAAGCACCUGGUGGCUGCACAGAGUUCACCGCAAAGAUCUGUUCAUCUUGGUGGCGCAGUUCAGCAAGACUGUGGUGUUUUCCGCUGGACCAUUCACGAAGCUAACUGUGGCCACAUUUCUUAGUAUUCUCAAGGGCGCCUACAGCUACUAUACUCUGCUAAGUCAAUCACAAAUGAAAUGAAAUUUCAUUAUGUACUCGAAUGUGUAGUAUAUUAAAUUAUGUAAUACAUAUCACUACAUAGUAUAAAAUUGAUUUUUUUUGUAAAAGAAAAUUAGUCUUACAAAGGGCUUGCAUUAAUUAAAAUGUACCUAGUAAUCAUUUAGAGAGUACCUAAAAGAAAAUUUUAUUUUUUUUUCUUUUGUAGUAAAUAGCAUUAUUGUAAACUAGCUUCUGUCCGCGGCUUCGUCCACGUGAAUGUGAAACAAACAUGAUGACGCAGCAAAAUGCUAAAAGUAAUAAAAAUAUGAGUAACUUUUUCAACCUUAUGUAGAAUAACGUAAAAUUUAAUAAUAAUAAUAAAAAGAAACAAUACAAUAAAGGAAAAUAUGUAGGUAGCUUAAAGUUUAGAAACACGGACACGUCUAAUAUAUUUAAGGAAGGAAGGGCCGGAACGACCAAAUCUAUGCUAUGCCGUGCUAUGGUAUGCUAACUGAAGCUAAAUACAGAAAAACAAAUAGAAUUUCUUUUGACAGCAGUUGCGAUUAUCGUUAUUAGUAAGUAAGUACCAAGAAAUUAUAUUAGGUUUAGAGCUCGCGGGACACUGUCCAGAUGUGUCAGCCAAAAUCAAUUGAAUUUCGUACUAUUUGACAAACGAAAUUCUAUUACUUGUUCGAAACUUAGCUUCAGUUAGCACAGCAUAGCAGAGCACUGGUCGAGCUCGGCCCGAAAACUCAAAAACUAAGUUUCACACAACUGCUAAUGACGCUGAAAAUAUACAGCCUUCGAAGGGAAGAAUAUUUUUUCCUCCUAACAUUUUACCUGCGGAAAACUUUCGCUUUUUCAUAUUACGGUCAACAAAGGAAACCUGGAAAAGGAAACUUUUUAAUUACAUUUAGGGAUUGGAUACUAGUUAUUUAGAUUCUGCAAAUCAAUAUAAUCACGAUUUUUUCAUAUCCACCUGAGCUUGGCAAAAGUGCUGGUUUUAUAGGGUCAAAGCAAAGUCUAGAAAUAAAUCAUAGACUAUAUUAAAGUAUCUGGGAAAGCGAGGGCGUGUGCU